GACAGUAUUUUCAUUCUACGAUAAAACAUGGCGCUGCGCAGAUGCACUCGGUAACGUAAUGUGGCACCGAAAUAAGCAUUGUCGGCCUUUCUCUAGUUACAUUUACAGAGCUGCGCUUUAGCAGCGCCGAGAAGCAGCAGUUGUUCGCGGAACUAAGGCGGGUGACGGCGGGGCUUUUGAAGUGCAAUGGCCGCGCAGGGAGGCGUCGUGUUCCAGGAGAAGGUCAGCAGGCUCCUCAGCGGGCACAACGGGAAACCAGUGCUCAAACCCAACAGGACUCUGGCUCUGAAAGACGCUGUAGCCAACCGAAAACCCAAGAAAGGAGAGGCCACGUGUAUAACUGAGAUGUCAGUCCUGAUGGCCUGUUGGAAGCAGAACAACUUCGUGGACAGUCUGUGCUCUAAUGAGAUUACCAACUUCUAUACAUGUGUAGAAAAGGCUCAGGCUGCCAUGAAGAAUAAAUCUGUACAGGGCAACAUCCAGGAAGGACGUCUGCCUCCAAAACAAGCCACAGCCCUGCUGAAGAGGUAUCCCAGCCUGCGGACAGAGAUCUAGGACAGACCUUUUAAUACGCCUCUUAUACACACAUGACGUGUGCAGGACUUGGACGAUCUCUGAGCUGGAUCAUGUUAAGGUGUUUAGAGUUGUCAGUUGCCAUAAAAAAUUAAAUAAAUCAAUGAGUGUAA